AUGUUCUCUUUUCUAAGUAUACCGUUCUGGGGAAACGAAGAGAAAACUGAAUUUCCUCUUCCACAACUCCCAGACAAUGCAAUUACCAAUGUCGUCACGCAAAUGGAUCUUCUGGAGCAUAUCUCUUUAUCUGUGCUAUCUAAGAAAAUGAACGAGUGUGUAAAAACAUCGGUAGCUACAGAAGACCACUUUGAAGUUAAUUUCACGGAUGAAUCUGCUGUGAUUGAGAUUCCGAACAAGCUGAAAGUCUCAAAGAGUGAGAUUAUUGAUUGGAAUAAGAAAGAGUCCUCUUGGUUUUUUAACCCAUUCGCAUCCACCGAAAGCUUCAUAUCGACAACCAUUAAAUUGGUAGAUCAAAUUGAAGCGACCUUCCCGAAAAUCGUUUUCUCUCUAACCUUGCAUUCAAGUGACUUGAAGGACCAGGACGUCAUGGAUGCUCUGAAAAAUAAGACCUGGAAGAAAGUGAAUAUCAUCGGAGGGGAACUGAAGACCGAGGAUUUGGAUGAAAUCAUGGAAAUGGACAAUUUGGAAAAGGCUUUUGCAUUCAAGAACAUUGUUUUUCCAUUGGGUUAUAAGCAUGUGAAUGCCCUCAAAUUUGCUUCUAUCGAGUAUGAAGACGCUACGUGGCUUCAAAUGGACGACUUGCUAGCCGUCCAACACAAGCCGUCUAUCAUUCUUGGCUCAACAAAUUUCAAGUCGGAAGAAUUGAGCCUUCUACUGAAAAAGUGGCAAAGCAUCAAUCCGUUGGCCCCAAAAAGAGAAGAAGCGACGAUAGCUGAAAUGGAACCAAUUCAUCGAUUUCCUCAAAGAAAUACAAAGGGAAAAACGGAAAUCAACGACUGGAAAUUGCUUCUACGACUAUUGGAUUUCGAUGGAUUUCAAGGACACGGCUGGCGGACAAAUUUUGGCGCCGAAAACAUUGGAAAUCGCGAUCUACCAUUUCUAAAGGUUGCUGCCUGUGGUGACAUAAUUCAGAUGUUGUCAUUUGCUGACUAUGAAGAGUUGGAUGAACCUAGAAUUAUGAAAAAUUUGGUGCAAAAGAAAAAGUUGGAAGACGAAUUGGCCGGAGAAGACGAGAAUGCUGCCCAAAGAGAAGAAAUAACUGCUGAACUUCAAGAGGUGCUCAGCUUACUGGAAAAUGACCAAGUAUAUUAUAUCAAUGGAAAAGCUCAACGCAACACAUCCAAAAUUGCUGCUAUGGCGCUUCUGAAUGCGUAUUUUCACAAACGUAAGGUCGGUGAGAAGAAGUGA